UGUGCAGCAUUGAUGCGUGCGGAGCCGGAGCGCGUAUUGGGGUGAACUAGUAACCUACUGACAACGAGUGGUUCUGGAUAUUUUUCAUGCAAUUGGCUCUGCAGCAUGCUUGAAACGAACUGCUUUUUAUCGUAACGGUAUAACAUCAUUUUUUUGCCUCUAUAUUUUUACACUGGAUUUGAUAUUGACCAUAUCUCCCCGGGACGUGUUCGAUGUAUUCAUGUGUGAGAUUGGAGGAAACGAAUUAGCAAAAGAAAGAUAAAAUACUUUGACAGAGAGAGAGAGUGAAACCUCUUAUCGGCUCGCCUGGAAAUUAAAAGGUAAUCGUAGUCUUCACUGAUAGCAUUAGGCCCAUAAGAUUCGUUCUGUCAACAGCAUCAUUGGUCUACAUUCGAUGACUGGACUUUGGCUAUUCACGGAUUUUCUCAAUGCGGAUUCCUUUUUUACGUUUCCAUCGGAUAUGUGGUCUGAUAUAAUUGCCCAUUGAAGAGGAAAAGUCAUUACAACGGAAAAGUCAUUACAACUUGAACAAAUCAUUCAUAUGCAUUUGUGGACGUAUGCGUAAAAUUCAGUGUGUCUAAAAUUCUCCUUAUGGUUGUUGAAUCGCAAUCAUGAUGCUGGGAAGAAUUGAACUGGAUCAUUUUUAGCCAAUAAUUUAAUCUUCAGUGGACAUUAUUUUGGGGGGUAAACCUGUUCAUUAGAAUUUUUCUCCCUUUUGAUUUUUUAAUUCAUUAUUUGCAUUGUUUUCCAGCCUGUAUCGAAAUGGUCGGUUUAUCAUGUCAGACGUUCCUAUAGUUGUAGCUUGAUUACAAACAGAGCAGAUUUAUAUGUUGUUCUGAGACCAUCAGUGUUCUGAGACCAUUCAGUAUGUUUUCUAAUAUCUAUCCUCAAGAUCUCACGCGUUGCAGCAGAUUGGAGAAUGUGGUUUCUCUCAGAAGAGUACAAUGAGGUAGAUGGACUUAAGACCAUAUAAUCAAGUUACAUGUAUACCAGAUAGGAUACCAGAUAGCCUUUUCUGUUAUCGAAACCUAUUCCAAGGAUAACUUUUCGAUGAGAUUCGCUAACUGGAAAAUGUCGCCAGUUAUCUCUGACAUGCAUAGGUGUGCGUGAUCAUACGAGGUCCCAAUUAAAUCUAAGGAAAAAUCAACAGGUACAAUGUACGCCAAGGAAAUGGAUUUUAUGCAAAUUCUUUGGAUAGUCCUUUUAUGCUGGACUGGGGCUGAUUCUGUUAUCAAUUUGAAAUACUCGAUAAACGAGGAGCAGAAGGCUGGGUAUAUCAUUGGAAACGUGACAAAGGACGCACAAACUCAAGGAUUUGCCAUUGCACCGCGUGCGCCGUACUUGCGGGUCAUCUCAAAUUCAGAGCCGCGAUGGGUGGAACUCAGCCCUGCUGGACUUCUCCUCACACAUCAGAAAAUAGACCGAGAUGUGGCUUGCCGACAGACGUCAAAGUGCACUGUCUCUCUGGAGGUGAUGUCAAACUCCAUGGAGAUCUGUGUGAUUAAAGUUGAAAUUGUGGAUUUGAACGAUAAUGCGCCCAGGUUCCCCACAAACCACAUUGACAUUGAAAUCUCAGAGAAUGCCUCCCCUGGUACCAGGUUUCCCCUAGAGGGGGCAAGCGAUCCGGACUCUGGGAUUUUCGGUGUGCAAUCAUAUUCGAUCACCCCGAAUGAGCUCUUCGGGUUGGAGAUUAAGACUAGGGGGGACGGGUCCAAGAUUGCCGAACUCGUAGUGCAAAAAUCGUUAGACAGGGAGACCCAGUCUCACUACUCAUACGAAAUCAGUGCAGAAGACGGCGGAGACCCCCCAAAGAUUGGCGCAGUUCAGCUCAAUAUCAAAGUAAUGGAUUCGAAUGAUAAUAAUCCCGUUUUUGACCAGCCUGUGUAUACAGUGAAUGUGAUGGAGAAUUCUCCUAUUAAUACACUUGUAAUUGAUUUGAAUGCAACGGAUCCUGACGAGGGAACUAAUGGUGAGGUUGUAUACUCGUUUAACAGUUACGUCACCGAGAAAACUAGAAAUGUAUUUAAAAUCGACCCUAGAACCGGUAUUAUCACUGUAAAUGGCCCGUUGGAUUAUGAAGCAACCCAUAUUUACGAGAUUGAUGUCCAAGCCAAAGAUUUAGGUCCAAAUUCUAUUCCGGCUCAUUGUAAAGUCACGGUCAAUGUGAUGGAUGCGAAUGAUAACCCACCUGUCAUUAGUUUAUUGUCGGUGAACACAGAGCUGAUUGCAGUUAGUGAGAACGCGCCACGUGGAUACGUUAUUGCAUUAGUAAGGGUCUCAGAUAAGGACGCUGGCGCGAAUGGCAAGGUGCAGUGUAGACUACAAGGCAACGUCCCUUUCAGGCUCCAGGAAUACGAGAGCUUCUCAACCAUCCUUGUCGAUGGCAGGCUAGACAGAGAACAGAGGGACACGUACAAUCUAACUAUCCAAGCAGAGGACAGUGGCACCCCCCCUUUACGUGCCACUAAGUCGUUUGUAGUGAAAGUCACAGAUGAAAAUGAUAACCCUCCCCACUUCCUAAAACCCCAUUACCAAGAGAUGGUCCUAGAAAAUAACCUGCCCGGCUCAUGUUUGCUGGCAGUGUCUGCUGUAGAUCCCGAUUUGGGCAUGAAUGGCACCGUUUCAUACACCAUCGUUCCCAGUGAGAUUAAACACAUGGACGUAAACACAUAUGUCAGUAUAAAUCCUUCAGGACGUAUUUACUCCAUGAGAUCAUUCGACCAUGAGUACACUAGGACUUUUGACUUCAAAGUUUUGGCCAGGGACCAAGGGAAUCCGUCCUUAUCCAGUAACGCGACGGUGCGCAUUGUCGUUUUGGAUGUGAAUGACAAUACACCUGUUAUGACUACUCCACCCCUGGUAAAUGGCACCGCGGAAGUAUCCAUUCCAAGGAACGCAGGGGUGGGUUACCUGGUGACCCAAGUCAAGGCCGACGACUACGACGAGGGGGAGAAUGGAAGGCUGACCUAUACCAUUUCGGAGGGAGACAGACCUUUCUUUGAGAUAGACCAGGUGAAUGGAGAGGUGCGGUCCACGAAGAUGUUCGGGGAGCAGGUCAAGUCGACCUACGAGAUCACAGUGGUGGCACGCGACCACGGGAAACCGUCCUUGUCGGCCUCUGCAUACAUUGUUGUCUACCUCUCACCGGACCUGAACGCCCAGGAAUCUAUUGGACCAGUAAACCUGUCAUUGAUUUUCAUCAUUGCCCUGGGCUCUAUUGCAGCUAUCCUGUUUGUCACUAUGAUUUUUGUGGCAGUCAAGUGCAAAAGGGAUAACAAGGAGAUCCGAACGUACAACUGCAGUUUCUUCUACUUGCGCAGGGUGGCGGAGUACUCGUAUGGCAGCCAGAAGAAGUCGAGCAAGAAGAAGCUGAGCAAGAACGACAUCCGCCUCGUGCCGCGCGACGUGGAGGAGACGGACAAGAUGAACGUGGUGAGUUGCUCGUCUCUCACCUCCUCGCUCAACUACUUCGACUACCACCAGCAGAGCCUGCCGCUGGGCUGCAGGCGCUCCGAGAGCACCUUCCUCAACGUGGAGAACCAGAACUCGCGCAAUGCCGCGCCCAACCACGGUGGCUAUCAGCAGCAUCCCUUCGCCAGCGGGCAGGGUCCCCAGCAGCCUGACCUCAUCAUCAACGGCAUGCCGCUGCCAGAGACGGAGAACUAUAUCGACUCCAGCUACGUAAACAGCCGAGCACACCUUAUCAAAAGCACAUCGACAUUCAAGGACCUGGAGGGCAAUAGUCUGAAGGACAGUGGACACGAGGAGAGCGACCAGACGGACAGUGAGCACGACGUCCAGAGAGGCCACUACAUAGACACGGCUGUCAACGAUGUGCUCAAUAUGACCGUGCCCCCCAACGUCUGCCAGCUGCCUGACCAAGGUAGGAGAAAAGACCCCAGCGAAGGCUUCCACUGCCAGGAAGAGUGUCGUAUCCUGGGCCAUUCGGACCGCUGCUGGAUGCCCCGUGUGCCUGGUCCAGCCCGCGGCAAGUCGCCUGAGCAUGGCCACCCACGUAACAACGUCAUUGCCCUGUCUAUUGAGGCCACCACCGUAGAUGUGCCCCACUACGAGGACUGUGGCACCGGCACCAUCAAAAGGACUUUUGCCACCUUCGGCAAGGAUGGCCCAGAAGACCCCGAGCGGGGUGAGCUAAAGGGCAACAAGCGGACAAUGAUGGAGUCUCAGGUGUGCAGCCCCAAGGCCAACGGCGGCGCCGUGCGCGAGGCGGGCAACGGGCGCGAAGCAGCCAGUCCCAUCACCUCCCCUGUGCACCUGAAGAGCCCGCUGGCCAAGGUGCCAUCCGGCUACAACACGCUCAGGUGCCGUGGCGCCGAGCGCAUUGCCAACCACAGCAUGCUGCGGCAGCCCGAGGGGAAGGACAGCGAGCCGGCCGUCCGGGAGAUCAACACUCUCCUCCACGACGGCAGCCAUCUUGAGAAGGAGUCUCCCAGCAGCAAGCGCCUGAAGGACAUUGUGCUCUAACGGGCCUCAGGGGAGCCUACUCACACACACAUACACACACACACACACACACACACACACACACACACACACACACACACACAGUGUAAACAAACACAUAUAUAUAUAUAUAUAUAUAUAUACACACACACAUACUCCGCCAUAGCUGUGUGUACGCAGGUGAAAGUCAAGCCGAUGAACGAAAGAAAGAGAGAGAAAGACACAACUUGAGCGUAGUAUACAGUAUUAAGGACAAAGCCCAGAUGUGAAAUAUUACUGGAAAAUGCUGAGCUUCAUGUUGUGUUCCUCCAGAAAAGUGAAGGCCGUGGAUGUGGCUUUGUUGUAGUCGCAGUACUUUUCUUGUUUGGUUUUCCGUUCGUUUUCUGCAGCCAGUGGACAGGCAGGUUGCUGUUGACUGUGUGACUUGCCCCUUCGGCCGGAUUCUGCCUCUCCCCUGUUCACAUUUAGGACCUGACACCUACGGUGACGGAUAAAAAAAAAGUACAGAACUUUAUGCCUUUUGACUGUUUUUGCGUCACUAACUGAGAUUGCCUUCUUUGGUUUUGUCUCGGCUGCCAAAUUGACUCCUCGUUUCCUUUGUAAAGCUCCCCACAGUGCAACAGACGGAGACAGACAGACAUGCACAUGAUUCUUCUUCUGUGAACCAUUGCCUCUAUGUGCAUCUUGAACAGUGGUCCGCAGUGAAGACGGAGGAGGGAAGGAACACAUUCCCAGUCUCAUUUUCUUCUCGGUCUGAUAAGAGAAGUAUUCUCUGUAUACACCCCCCCCCACUGGAGGACAUCCCAGUGUCACCAGACUGUGAGGUCUGCACAGUAUUUAUGCUUUAUCACUGAUGGAGCUUAAUGAACUCUUGCUAUCUGUCCAGGCACUCCCAACACUGGGAAGUGGGACAGACUUUCGACUGAGCUAUGAGGAAGAUAAAAAAAAUACUUAUUGCUUUUGAAAUCUCCUGUGCCCAUUCUUGAUUGUAGCCAGUGGAGCACAAUUAGAACUUUGUGCUCUGGUCUUGUACUUUUUCUGACUUUUGACUAUGGGGCUAGGAUAGAAGGGAUCGUCACUCACGUCUUGCUAUGUGAAACUCUGUAUAGGGUUUACUAUUAUCAUUUUUAAUAACCUGUUGUUAUGUGACAAUCCCUUUAAUGUUUUGUUUCAAGAGUAAAAAAUAAUAAAAUAUACAUUGGUGUUCAACUGAAGCUACAGUAGCGUUGUUACACAAACAAAAACAAAAAAACAUAUGCCAAAAUAUAUUUUAUAAAUAAUUUAAAAAUGUAUAAUGAGAAUAUUUAAUUCCGUGUAGUUAUUUUAUCAGUAAGUUAUACUUGAAAUUAACUGGCUUUUGUUUAUUUGGCAUUUUUUUAAUGAUUAUGAUUAUUUUUCAAAAUGAACUUGGUUUUUUGUUUUUGUUUACUGUGUUACCCCUGGCAACUGUUGACUUGCAGUCUACCUUGUUGUAAAGAGUUUCUUAUUGGUCAGUUCUUGUGCCAUCAAGUUUCUGUGUGGACAAAUAGAAAAUGUAAAAAUACAAAAAAAUAUUGCAAUUUCAGCACCAAUAGUAGUGUGUCAGUUCAAUGAGCUUAGAGUGAGAUAGCAAAAUAAACCAAAAAAGAAGCAAACAAAACCGUAAAGAUUGCUUAAUCUUAAUAUUUAAGUAAGAAGAAGAUGGUUAAGCUAGUUUUUUAAGCUAGUGAGAUAAUUCCACCUAUUUCUGUGUGUCUGUUUUUGGACUAAGGUUUCCUGUUAGUUCCUCACCUCAGAACUGGCCUUAGUGAUAUGAACCAGAGAAUAGGCCCUGUCAACACUUCAAGUAAGAGACUAAAGGUGAAGGUAUGCAGACAAGCUUUGCUCAACUGCUGUGCCAUCAUGUAUCAUCUCCUUUGAAUUGAGUCUGAAAAUAUAUUUAAGAACAGCAAGACAAACUUUCAGUCAUGACCAAACAGAUUUGGUGGAAUCGUGUGUUUAAAGGAAAUUAAGUUCUUCGAAGAACCAUCUUACAAAUCAGCAAUGCGGUUUUCAGUUGCUUUACAGUUAAACUAUGUACAACAUGGAAAAUUGUAAAUGAAAAAAGGACAAAAUUACAUACAAUGAAAUAGAUCUUGUAGCUGAAUGUUUUUGCUGGUCUCACCCAUGGCUUUUGGCAACAUGAACAUCGGAAUAAUCACUGAAUGUAUACAGCAGCUUAUUAUUAAACUAUUAAAUGUU